CGUAGACCUCGAGAGGGUUUUGCAGGGAUUACUAGUAUCCCUGUUUACACGAGCCGAUGGGCCACUGGCGACGAUGGUAAAUCGCAAGUAUCAGAGUCGUGAUCUCGACGACCGAAGAAAGAGAAAAUCGCGUCACUUACUGCCAGCCCACGCAAACAAUUCAGUUGACAGUUACGUCGAUUUUCUCUAUGCGCUGAGUCCCGGCGAUCGUGACCAGAUCCUUGAGGAUAUGAUGCAGCUCACGGAUGAACAACUAGCUACAUUAGACGCCAUAGAUGUCGAACAGGGUCCGCCAGACUUCAAUGACAUCUGGUUUCAUGGGGUGGCUAAGCCUAACAUUCGCGAUGAACUGGCAAAUGUGAAUAGUGAUUCGCUCGAACGUACUCGCUUAGCAACAACAGCGUGGGCAUCCAUGCGUCGAUCUGAGGCUCUGCUGAAAUAUGGGAAGCAACUUCUUCUCAGUUCGUUCAAGCGCGUGCUCGUCACACGAGAGCCACGGGAUUCAGCUUCAACUGAUGGGACAUCUUCUGCUAAUUAUGAUUCUGACAAGCAGGAACCGUUCUUUCAUGGCGGUUCUACUUUACAUCAAAGGCUUACUCGACGUUUUGGCGGUGUUGCGGUGCUAGAAUUUCUGGGAUUGUGGGGGUUCUCAUGCGAAGACGAUGCCGCAGAGGGAAGCAAGUGCUCCGCGGCGUCUCCGGUCGAAAGCGGAAAGCUGCAUCGUGAGGGCCUGCGCUCCACCGCAACACACGAUCUAAAGUGUCCUCUUGCAGCAAGCUUUUUAUCACUAGCUGUGGCCUACUUCCUCUUCGUCGACGAAGGGAAGUCAGAGGAAGUCAUGUUUUUCUGGCUGCGCGUAGGGCAAAGCUACUUGGUGUUGUAUCAGGAGCUGUAUCAAUUCACGAUGUCGAAUACGAUUUUCUUCCGAUAUCCAAUCUUUUUGCUGAUCGAACAUCUUGCAUACGAGUUUCAUAGGCGACAGAAGAAGGUAGAAGUGCUUCAAGCAGACGCGCUACAGGACGAAUCCGGAAGACUCGAGAUGCGUGUCGCGCACGUCGUCGACGACUACGAUCCAUCAGUAUUGCCGGAAGAAUGUCAGCUCGUGUAUUGUCCCGCAGGAGGCGUAGAAAAGUCUCAGCUCAGUGCAUUCAACGGACCCACCGAGUCUCAAUUGCGGAAGGGAGUUAGAGAUGCUGUUACUAGCAAGUCUUCUGGUGGUGCUUCGGUGUUGAAGCUUCAAGAAGAUAGUGGAUCUCAGGAGGUCGUUCAGAGUGCUGUUAGAGUUUUGUCCAAGGCUAUUGCUGAUGCACUGACUCGGGGUGAUAGCUUGUUCCACAAAGUCCACGCAAAGUUUCUCACGCCAGCGAGAUAUACAUGUGAUUGCAGACGCGUAUACAAACCGAUUAGACAAGAGCAACGCCGGCGACUCUUUCCGAAGCCGCUACCAGCUGAAAUUGAUGGCGUCAAAGGUGUGCUCAAAGUAGGCCUUAUCAGCAUCGUGGAGGAAGUCCAAACAAGCCUAGAUGGAAUGCAAAGCUUCUCAUCUCCACUAGGAAACACAUUGUCGCUUUCGCAGUAUGCUGAACUUAGGCAGGACUUUAUCGCAACGGAAAUUUUAAACCUUUCUCCUCCUGUUGCUCCUGAACGUGAUAACGCACUAGUUUUGGAAGCAAUUGAGAACCUGAACCUGAUUAGGCCGCUUGUCAACGACCUCGUCAAAGAGAUACGACAGACGCGUCUGGUGUGGCGGCGCAGUCCGACCCAGUAUUUAGGCCAGGUUGAGCCGCAACAGGCAGGUGCGGUAAAAAUUCGCGAGGCCUACACUGGUUACAAACACGUCGCAACGCAGCAAGGUAAAACAUCUGUGCCUUUGCUGCUUGAGCAAAGCCUGGUAACGUCAGGGACGUCGAGGCCAACCUCUCCGAUGCAGGCUCCUGCGCUCCCCUCGUCCUUGAAAACGUCGCCUAUCUGCAUCUUUAUGGUUGACAAUCGGCCUCCAAAGCGCAUGCACACUUUAGAUGUGGUUGAGGACGCGAGCUAUAUUUCUGUCACCUAUGCAGUAAAUGCGAUGUACGCAGAGCAGCAUGGCUACCGGCUAGAGUUCGUGGUCCCCGACGAAGAGCGGCACUACCCGGGCCGUAAAGUCGGCUGGGCCAAGGUGAAGAUCAUAGAGAAUCUGUUGCGGGAGUAUGGUCCCGAAAAAUGCGCCUACGGAGUUAGCAUCGACACGGACGCCUACUUUCGCAGUAGCGAGAAGCUGG